UGGUUGUUGAUAGAAAUAGCAUCACAGAAACAGUUUAUUUCAACGUUUUGAAUUUCGAAAAAAAUUAAUAAAAGUAGGAAUGUCUGAAGUGAGCGAGGAGGAUAAAUCAAUUGCUGUAGCAACGAUUCGAGAAAAUGUUAAAGAAAACAUUCGUAUUGCUCGAUUAAAACAUCGCCAAAAUGAAUUAGACAAUUUACGAAUUACACAUGGCAAACUAGAAGACCUGUCGAUCAAUUUGCAAACAUUUACAAAAGACAAUGUUUUGGCCACUGCCAAUAAAAUAAAAAAACAGCGUCAUGCAUCAGCAACGGAACUCAUGAAAUUAAGCCAUUCUUUUCUUCAAAGCAGCGAAAAUAUCAAUUGUUUUGUUAACGCAACUGGUGCAUUGCCGGUGAUUGUCAAAGAAAUGACGGGAACAAAUACAGAAAAACAGUUAUUAGCCGUCGAAUGCCUGUGUAAUUUAUCUCUCGGUUCGGCGAACGAUUGUGAAAAAAUCGCACAAAAGGCUGGCACUUACUUACACACAUUUUUGGAGAGCUCAAACGAAUCAAUUGUUAAAACUACACUGUGGUGCUGCACAAAUUUGAUUGUUGCUGGAAAGAAAUCGUUGGACAUUUUAUUGAGCCAAGAACUAAUCCGAUCACUUAUCAACGUCACGCGAUCAAUUCACAAUAAAAAUCUGAAAGAUGAAGCAUUGAUUGCUAUCGAAUUGGUUCUCGAUCAUGGCGGCGUCCCUAAGUUAUCAGAUGUCGAGACACUGUCAAAAUGGAUUUUAAGUCAAACAGCACCACUUGAUCCAAGCAUUACAAAAAUCAUUUAUAAAUUACUCGACUUGCUUCAGUUCCAGUCCAAAGAUGUCAUCGGAAUGCAAAAGCUAGUUUUUAUUUGCUUUGAGACACUUAUACAUUUGUACAAUGGCAGUGCAACUUCAUCCCUCCAAUCCACAAGAUCAAGCGAACAUCUCCAUCAAGUUGUUCUUCAUAUGCGCAUUCUUUCCAAUAUCGUUGCGUUGGAAAAUUCAUUUGCUGACUUGAUCAUCGAAACUUGGUUCGUCAACCAAUCACGUUCGUUGGCAUCUUUCUACAAUCAUUUCAUCGAUCUCUUUAGCGCUCAUUCAGUCUCAAUCGAAGAAAUCUAUUGGUUCAUUGGUAAUCUCAUGAAAUGCCAACUCGGUGAAGUGUCACUCAAAUACUUAGAAACUGAUCAGUUUUUUGCCCAAAUUAAAAUGUGAUGAAAAUUUUCAAAAGAAAAAAAAAUAUUGCUCAUUGUAAAUGAUACCACGCUUUGAUUACAAUAAAACACGAUUUUUUAAGUGAAAAAUAUAAUGUAA